AUGUUUCACGAGUCUCUUAUGGAGUUUGAGGAGUCGCUUUCCCUUGUAGCCCCCUCAAAUGACCUCAUGCUUACCAGUUUAGACUUGAGAGUUGAUUUGAACAGAUUUUCAGAUGGAGCCACGGAUUCGAUCUCCGAGUCGGUCCUCCUUGACAAAUUCGCCAGUUAUGACUAUGACUCAGAUACAAUCAACACGUGCAGUAGCUGUGGAACACUUUUUGGAGGCUCUACUAAGAAAUGCUGUGAGAAGUUCAUCGCCUCCCAGAAAGCCGGCUUUCUGUCGGAAUUGGAGAAGUUCUACUGGAUAUCGUUUUUUGAAAACCCAUACAAAACCAUUGUGACGCUUCCAAAUUACACAAUGAUGGCUUUCUUGCAGACUGGCGUGCCAUUCCAGCUCGUGCCUCUUGUGUGGGAGAAGUUGAUUUUGAUAAACCAGGCAAACCAUAGUGGAAUCCCUGGUGUGUCUAAGCAAAUCUUCAAGAACUUCCAGCACUCAUACAAUAGAGAUAUUUCCAAACAGAUCAACAAGGAUUUGUCCAGAACAUUCCCUGCUGUGGAGUUUUUCCAAAAGAAGGAGACUAUUGACGAUCUUCUCACCGUUUUGAACGUCUAUGCCAACUACGACUUGGAGCUUGGCUACUGUCAGGGUCUCCUUUUUUUAGUUGGAACACUAUAUUUCCAGUUUAGACAGCUGGAGUUGACGUUCCAUGCAUUGUGCAAGAUAAUGGAAUGUGAGCCUGAAUUGCGUGGUAUCUUCGUUCCUGCUACCAUGUCUUCAACCCUCGACAAGUGGUUUGAAGAGUUCGUCAACAUACUCUGCAGAGUCGACCCACAGCUUGCGAGCCACCUCACGUCUUUCUGUGAUUGCAAGGUGUUCUUGUACCAAUGGUGGCUUUCCAUUCUGUUGAUCCACACUCCAGGAUUGGCCGUCAACAACCGCAUCGUGGACUUCUGCAUGAUGGAGGGCUGGAAGGUUGGUAUUUUCAAGAUCUCCAUUGGCCUUCUUCUCAAGAACAGACCCAUUCUUAUGUCCUUUGGCGAAGGUGACGAGGAAGUCGUAUACCAGCAUCUUUUGAACGAGUCUAAAUGGGGAAAUGCAGUGAACAACUUGACAUCUUUCUUUGGCGAUUUGCUCUUGUCCUGGGACGAGCUGUUGUUUCUGAAUGUCAACUGUGCUGCUCCACCGCAACAGCUUUCGCCAGUCAAGAAGAGUCACAGGCGUACAACUUCGUCUGUUCUUGAUAUGCUCAAGAACUUAUCUAUUCCAUCACUGACCUCUUCGCCGCUCUCUAGUGGACCAAACUCGGCAUCUUCCUUGAGCUCAAACGAUUCUCUCACCAAGACUCGUGGAAACCGGCUGACAUCGUCCGUUUUCUCCACCAGAACUGACCAUGACUCCAUCUACUCAGAUGUGGGCAGUACAUACUCUGAACGGUCUCAUAACGACAGUUUGAAGGUUCCUGGCUGGAAAUUGUCACACGAAAGUCUCAGCGAUAUGGAUGCACGGUCACUUCUGUCCAGAAGCGCAGAGGACGAUUUGAUUCUGGAAAAUCAAAUGUUGAAGUUCUACCUUAAAAAGGCAUAUGGACAAUUACAAGACGAGGUUUUGAAGGAGGAAAUCAGAGAAGCACUUGAUAUUGAUUUGGGCACAUAG